AUGUCUCCGGAGCAUGCAGUCCCUUCAGUCCGUCAUGUGCCAUGUUUUGUGGAUGAUCUUCUCGCAGUGCUGCGUGAAGCAACGGGAGAUGAUGGAGAACUCACAAACAACUCCUUGACCUUGUUUGGAAUCUGUACGGCUCCUGAGAACUCAACAUCUCGCUCAGGUUUAUCAGAAUUUGUUGAGGAAAUGAGAAACCACACAGAAGGAAUGGAAGUUCUGCAUCCCUCUGCAGUGCUCAUGUCAGAAGAAGGCGAUCAAACAACCAUCACGGUAACCUUUGACCUUCCACAGUCCCCUUCACUGAAGCUGAAGCCUGUGCUGCUCUUGGCGUUUGAACGCCCCCUCCCAGGUGGAGAGCUUGGUGUGGCCUUAAGGAGUCAGUCUCUGCAGCCAACCUUGCAGUCGGUCUGCAUUUCAGAAGGGACACAGUACAUCCUGCUAACAGCAAAGCCAAUAGAGGGCGGUGGGGAACAGAAAUGGAGAAUUUCUGUUGAGACCAAAUCCCCUGUCAUGGAGCAAGACCUAAAAUACAUCUUUAAUGGUGGUAAACCAGGAAGUAGCAUCCGCAUGACUCCACUUCUGCUUUUCUCUGCAGAAAAGAGAACAGAUAUGAGCCGUACGAACCGUUUUGGUUCAUCUUCGGCCUCUUCGCAGACCUCCUUCCUCUGUGAGUUGAGGCGCUUCCUAGACGUUGUCCUGCCGCAUGACCUCUCUAAGCCACCUCAGUUUCGACUGGACUCCUUACAGUCCCUGCCACCCCUGACACUCGGCCUUUCCUCCAGUGAGACCCUGCUGGCAGGAAUCAUCAACUCCACAGCCCCUACCAUCUUCUCCUUCCACAGCUGGAGCUCCAGGUUUCCUGUUCGUCGCGGGCGGCUGGCCCUCUCCUCGGCUCUGUUAGAUGAGCUCGGGCAGAAGUUGGAGAAGAGCGAGAUGCAGAUAAUGGAGUUAGUAAACGAGAAACAGGUUGCACUAAGGACCGCCGAGAAGCUGGAGAGGCUCAAACAACUCAGUGCUUUCCAGAAGCAGGAAGCAGCAGCAGAUGAGAGUCAGUACUGUGCAUUCCUUCUGCACAAGGCCCUGCAGACUGUGACCCAUGCAUACAACAUGCAGAGGAGGCUGCGGGCCACCAGAGCAGACUCCAGCAGUUCACCGAGGGAGUACAUCUGUGCAUUGAGAAGUCUCACCGUGUCCUUUGAAAAACUCCUUGUGGGUCCACAGAGUGCCAACAUCAACAACUGCCAAGGCUCGUGUGCUUUCCCGCUGACCAACGGCAACAACCACGCCGUCCUUCUCAACUCCCACACCGAGAGGGGCCAUGUGGACGAGCGGGCGCCGUGCUGUGUGCCUGUGGCUUACGACCCCCUGGAGGUCAUAGACUGGAACGCCGAGGGCUCCUUUCUCUCCAUCAAGCCAGAUAUGAUCGCUAAAGAGUGCGGCUGUCGCUAA